UGCGGAACCCUCACCGGAAUACCGAGCCACGGGGGUGGCAAACGAUUCUCAGAAGAGCAACGUCUUGUUUCUGCGAGUAUUCGUUCAACACUCAAACAAAUUGACGUAUCACCCUUGCGAGGAAAGAAAGUUGCUAUUAUUUUCGAUAUGAUCAGUGACGAAGGCGGUGGAAAUAUUAGUGAAAACCGCACCAGCGACCAAAAAGAGGAUUCCAAAGGCGGCAAUGAGGUCAAACGUCAAGUUCUUAGCCCUGAAGCCGUGAGCAAACAACAGCAAACCAAAGGACACGAGUUCAAUGCGAGUGCCACCCUCCAGUACAAAGGGCUGGGUGACUACACCAACAUGGCAAUUCCCAAAUCCGAUGCCAGUUUGCUUACAGGUUUAACGAGAACCUAUCUCCUACUCAACGAGAUUGAGGUAACUACCCCAACCGACCCCACGGCAGAAGCGGUACUCUAUGUAGCGGUCGAUAUUUUCGGGAUUGUGCGGUCUCGUUUUGAUGCGUAUGUGUUGAACCAAGAAUCGGUUAAGGCUGAAACAGGCAUGGAAAUGACCGCCUUUGAUCGUUCAGGGAAAAUGAUCAUGCGACCCCGUAACGCCAACCAAGAGGCGGGCUACAAUGAAAUAUACCUCUUCUGGGCUGGCCCAUUUGCCAGUGAUGAACAAAUUAAGCCAGGGAAAGGUUUAUUGGAUGAUUUUUCAGAUGUCGUACCAGGGAAAACCAACUACAUCAAGAAAAAGGAACGCACUAAUUUUGGCCCAAUAGAUAAUAAUAAAGAUGAGUUGGACGAAUUGGAUAAUUUGUUU